AUGGCCCUCCCCGCUUACAAGACCACCUUCCUGGAGUCCUCCAUCUCCGCCAAGGUCCUGACCUUUGGCACUUUCACCCUCAAGUCGGGCCGUCAUUCCCCCUACUUCUUCAACGCCGGUACCUUCCACACGGCUUCGCUCCUCUCUGCCCUCUCAACCGCCUACGCCCACACCAUCAUCACCUUCCUCGCUGAGAACCCAUCCAUCCCCAAGCCCGACGUGAUCUUCGGCCCUGCAUACAAAGGCAUCCCACUCGCCUGCGCCACCCUGCUCGAGCUCCACCGCCUGCAGCCCGACGCCUGGGCCGAGGUGUCCUACAGCUACAACCGCAAGGAGAAGAAGGACCACGGCGAGGGCGGCAGCAUCGUGGGCGCCGGCCUGAAGGGCAAGAACGUGCUGGUGAUCGACGACGUGAUCACCGCCGGCACGGCGAUGCGCGAGACCCUCGACCUGGUCGCCCAGGAAGGCGGCAAGGUGGUCGGCUUCGCCGUCGCGCUGGACCGCCAGGAGAAGAUGCCGGGUCCCAAGGACGCCAGCGGCGUGGAGGACGACGCGCCGCGCAUGAGCGCCAUGGGUCAGAUCCGCAAGGAGUACGGCGUGCCCACCACGAGCAUCGUCACCCUGGAUGAUCUGAUCCGGUUGAUGCAGGAGAAGGGCGCGGGCGAGGAUAUGCGCCGGCUGGAAGAGUACCGGGCUAAGUACCGGGCUAGCGAUUAG